CCGCAAGUCUGUAAACAUGAUGGUGAAACGAAGCACGAUUUCCUGGGUCGCGGGAGAACAAGGCCCACCCCUUGAUGAACUGUCAAUAUUUCAGGGUCUUUUAUUCAUAAAAAACCAAUCGAAGCUGGUCUGGUGAUGCGAAGGGUGGUGGGCGAUGCAAGGGACAGGUUCCUCCAGGCUUGCUCGAGAGGGGAAAACCAAGGAAGCCAGCACACCAGCGCCAAGCAACCUCAGCCCACUGACGUCAGCGACGAGCUCCCCGCCCCAACUGUCGCGAACCCCAAGAACGCCGUCGUCAUCACAAGCUCGCCUCGUCGUCGCUAGGACGCCAAGGAUGCUUCAUCAAAAGGCGCGUUACUUCCGCCAUGGCGUCUCCGGUCGGCCGCGGCCAUGGGAUGCUUCAACCGGCAGAAAAUGAUAACCUGGACGCUAUAUUGUUUCGCGCCAACUUUAUGACAGCUCCUUGACCCUUGCUUGGGCUGUUCAACCAACCCCAAAUAUUCAUACAGACCACAAUGCGACCAAGACCCCGACGCAUCACCACAGCGCUGCUGCCGCUCCUCCUCCUCGCCCUGGCAGCAGCGCCAACGGCCACCGGCGCCGACGCGAGCGCCGACUUCCGCACCAAGCGCGGCCUCGCCUACAUCAGCCAGAGCCACGAGUCCGACACCCGCCUCCUGGGCUCCAACGCGUCCGAGGUCUCGUGGUACUACACCUGGUCGCGCAACGAGGCCCGCGCCGUCUCCUUGUCCCCGUCCUCCAACACCCUCCGCUUCGUGCCCAUGGUGCACAGCCUCGGCGACGCCUCGAGCCCGGACCUGCUCUCCUCCCUGGACCGCCUCCCGCCGACCUCGACCCACCUGCUCUCCUUCAACGAGCCCGACGGCGAGCAGCACACGGGCGGGUCUGACGCCGGGCCCCGCGACGCCGCGCGCGCGUACAUCGACCACAUCGCCCCGCUGCGCGACGGCGGCGACGGGAACGGCGGGAACGGCCGGCGGCGCUGGCGCGUCAGCCACCCGGCCGUGACGGGCUCCCCGCGCGGCCUCGAGUGGCUGCGCGCCUUCAACAGGUCCUGCUACGAGCUCGACCGCGACCGCGGCUGCCCGGCCGACUUUGUCGCCGCGCACUGGUACGGCGAGCACGACGGGCUGCGCGGCUGGCUGGCCCAGCUACGCGACUUUUACACCGACACCUCCUCGGGGGCACCGGCCGCCGGUCGUGGUGGCGGCGCAAAGCCCGCAGACCUCAAGGUCUGGGUCACGGAGCUGGCGCUGCCGCAGGCCGACGCGGCCGCGACGCUGUCCAUGAUGCGCGCGUCGCUGGCGCUCCUCGACGGCGAGGCCUGGGUCGGGGCGUACGCGUGGUUCGGCGCGUUCCGCGCCCACGAGGCCAACGCGUGGACGGGCGACGGCGUCGCGCUGCUGGACGAGGGCGGGGCGCUGACGGACGUGGGGGCCGCGUACCUCGGCGGCGAGGGCAAGGGGUUCCGCGCCGGCAUGACCGGGGAUGCGGCGCCGGGGCGGGACUCGGGCGCCAGGGUGCGGGGUGCGGCGCGGUGGUCGGUUGCGGCGGCGGUGCUGGCUGGUGCGGUUGUUGCUUGUUAGGGAGGGGGGGUGGCAUGUGUUGGUUGGUUCUGGAGUUGUCAUGUUUUUGGUCAUGGAGAUACCCAGUUGUCAUUUGCUUGGGCAAUACAUGGCCCUUUUUCUUUUGUAGAUGAAUACGUAAUCUAGAAUGAACCACAAUCAAUGCUCUCAAAAUAAGCUAGCAACACGCAAUCCCAACAGGCCCAGAGCUAUCAUCAUG